UGUCCGAGGCUAGACUGCACAAGCUGACAACCAAAACACACCACACAGACUCAGACUAAGGCUUGGAAGGGCAAAACGAGACGUCACCACCACAUACUACAUAAACCACCACAACACCACACAACAUCAUCACAACUCAGACUGAAGUGAGGACAAUUACAACACAAAACAACAUUUUUGAAACACAUAACUGCACACACUGAGAGAUGACCAGCACUCUCUUCACGUAUAGACGGUUCAAGUGGUGACAGAAGUAAGUGAUUGGAGUGAAAUAUGUGGCAGUGAGAAGUCUGGAUGGGCUGAGAAGAGGGCGUGAGGGAGGAGGAGCUGGUGGUGGUGGUGGUGGUGGAUUGAAGCAACAGAGAGGGACGACACCUCCAGCGUUGGCAGUGGCUCCAACGCAGACAACUCCCGCAGUGGCACCCCGACCCUGCGCAGGAAGGGGAGGAAGAACCGCGGCCGCAAGAAGGUUCCUCCGCCCCUCAGGAUGGGCUACAAGUUUGGGUGCUACUUGAAGGAAGACCACGGCCAGCCCAUCUUUGGUGCUCAGUUCAACCAGCACCUGCGAGAUGGCCAGCCCCUCGUGUUUGCCACAGCCGGCAACAACAGAGUGUCAGUGUACCAGUGUAUGGAAGACGGCUCCAUCAAGCUGCUCCAGUGCUACAGUGACCCCGAUCCAGAGGAGAACUUCUACACAGUGGCGUGGAGCUACGACACAGAGACUGGCCGCCCCAUCCUGGCUGCUGCCGGGUCUCGGGGUGUCAUCCGCAUCUUCUCCCUGGCCACCAUGCAGUCCAUCAAGCACUUCAUUGGUCAUGGGAACGCCAUCAAUGAACUGAAGUUCCACCCACGGGACCCCAACCUGCUGCUCUCCGUCAGCAAGGACCAUGCCCUGCGCAUGUGGAACAUCCGCACGGACAUCCUGGUGGCCACCUUUGGCGGCGUGGAGGCACACAGGGAUGAGGUGCUCAGUGCCGACAUUGAGGUGGAGGGGACGUGCAUUGUGUCGUGUGGGAUGGACCACUCACUCAAGAUCUGGAAGCUCACCACGGACCUCAUGCUGUCCACCAUCAACCAGUCGUACACCUUCAACCCGAGCCGCUCCGUCCUGCCAUUCCCAACCAUCCAGCAGAACUUCCCGGACUUCUCCACUCGGGACAUCCACCGCAACUAUGUGGACUGUGUGCGUUGGCUGGGACGCUUCAUCCUCUCCAAGAGUUGUGAGAACACCAUUGUGUGCUGGAAACCUGGCCUGCUCAACCAGACCGAGCUGAAGCACAAUGACACCAACGUCACCAUCAUCCACAAGUUUGACUACAAGGAGUGUGAGAUCUGGUUCAUGAGGUUUGCCCUCGACUACUGGCAGAAGGUGAUGGCCGUGGGGAACCAGCUGGGUCGUACCUACGUCUGGGACCUGGACAUCUGUGACCCAUCCCAGGCGCGCUGCUCCACGCUGACCCACCCCAAGUGUGUGGCGCCCAUUCGCCAGACAGCCUUUUCCCGCAACGGCAACAUUCUCAUCACCGUGUGUGAUGACGCCACCAUCUGGCGCUGGGACAGAGUGGAGCACCAGACGCCGCAGCAGCAGCAGCAGCAGCAGCAGCAGCAGCAGCACACUCCACAGCAGCAACAGCAGCAGCAGCAAACACAACAGUAAGGGGAUGUGUAUCUGGUUUCUCUACAGUUUGUAAUUUUAACUGAACACUUGUUCCUUUAUUUUGCCAAGUGUAUUUUACAUUGAGGCAGAGUUUUUUUAAUGCUAAGAUAUUUUUGUACUCUUGUAAAUAUAUAUAAAUAGGUUUUAAGCAUGUCUUUUAUAUAAUUAUCCUGCAUAUUGCAGCUGCUUUGUAAGGAAAUCUAUUUGUGGAAACUCACUAUUCUCUUAGGAAACUUAAAAUUUUAUGCUGAACAAUGAAUUGUGACAAAUUUAGGUGUUGAAUUAAAUAAAUAGUUUGAUAGAAAAUA